AUGAGGGGACGCCUCGGUGCUGCCCGGAGGUGGCACCUCCUACGCCACCUCAUGGACCCGGACACCACCAGAGCCGAAGGCAGAAGAAACAUGGCCAAGUUAAUCUACAUGCAUUCUCAGGACCCGGGGGCGUUCCCGGCUGAGAUGUGGGACAAGUACGUCGGCUCGCAACUCAAGAUACCGUCAUCUGCGACCUACCGCGGCCGGCCGAACGCGCACAUACACGCAGACCUCACGUUCGCUGAGGUGUCGGCCACCGCCUUCAAGCUGCGGACGAAAUCGGCACCGGGUCCGUACCACGUGACCAACAAGAUCCUGCGCAACGUGGACAAGGCCGCACUGGAGCAGCUCACCGAGUUCAUGAACGAAUGCUGGAAGACGGGCGCCAUACCGGAAGAGUGGAAAACGUCCACGAUCGUCUUUAUACCCAAACCAGGCAAACCACUCAAUGCGGACAACCUCAGGCCGAUUGCACUCAAAUGA